CAAUAUGGUAUAUGAAUUUAAUUACCAGUAAAUAAUAUUUAUAUGGAGUUUACAAAACAUGCUUACACAUUAUUUCAUGUCAUCUGAAUUAUAAGCUUAUGUAUCUUGCAAAUGACUAAGACUGGGCUUCUCACUUCUGGUUCCAGAUCCUAUGAUGGCUGUAAUAGUCAGUUCUCACGCUGCUAUGAAGGAAUAACUGAGCCUGGAUAAUUUAUAAAGGAAAGAGUUUUAAUUGACUCAUAGUUCUGCAUGGAUGAGAAGGCCUCAGGAAACUUACAAUCAUGGCAGAAGAGGAAGUAAACACAUCCUUUUUUCACAUGGCUGCAGGAAGAAGAAUGAGUGCCCAGCGAAGAAGGAAGCCCCUUAUAAAACCAUCAGAUCUUCUAAGAACUCACUAUCACAAGGACAGGAUGGGAAAAACCGGCCCUGUGAUUCAACUAUCUCCACCUGGUCCCUCCCAGGACACGUGGGGAUUAUGGGAACAAUUCAAGAUGACAUUUGGGUGGGGACACAGCCAAACCAUAUCAAUGGCUCACACCAUUUGCCUACCUGCAGAGCUUAAAACACACUUGGUCUAUAACAUCUCUACGUACCAAUUAAAAAUGAAACACUAAAAGAAAGUCAAUUUGCCUCAUGAGAAUUUUCCACAAUUUCAGUUAAGGGACUUGCUGUGUUGUAUUAAGCAUGUGUUAUGGUCAAAAUGAAAUUAGAGAUCCACUAAAAAAUGCUUUAUAAUGCUUAUGUAGGUGUGACAAAGAUUUGUGUAAGUGUUUUCUUGAUUACAAGAGCCAUCUCCCGUAUCAAAGUAACACUCUUGAGCAUUCUGAAGCAUGUAUGGUUUAUUUACAGUGAUACAAAAGGUUUGAAAAGGAUGCUUUACCAAAAGUUUUGUUAAUGAAAUAGGAAUGCAAAUAAAGAGGUACAUUCACUGGAUUGCAAUUGGCAACCAAAAGUAACCUUUUUCUAACGUAAACCUUGUAUGUUUGUUGCUUCGCUGCAUCUCAUUUCUUUUGGUAGGUUGUUGUUAUUAUUCUGUUAGGAGAAAAAAACUUAAUUUUGCUUGAUUUUCUUUGAUCUAGGAGUCAUUUAAAGAUGUAAUGCCACCUUCCUUGCCAAAUUUGAUUCUGUCUUCCUCACUUAUUUUGGUCAACAGAACUUCAUCUUUCCAGUUCUUCUAGCCAAAAAUCAUCCUUGACUCCCCACUUAGGACUUAUGCACUAGCUGUUUCCUCUGGCAGCUCUUUCCUUAUAACAAAUCAGUAUAAUUCCUCUGAACUGAGGCGAUCUAAAAAAAAUGAGCAACUUAUACUUGCAAAGUUACUUUAUGUAUUUUAUUUGAUUGUCAUCAUAGUUAGGAGACUCCACUCUUUUCAUUAAAGUUUAAAAGAACGCCUGAAAUCAACCCUUAAUACCGUAAACACGGUAUCAGUAUCAAAGUGUUCCUCUGCUAUAGGUAAGCAGCACUCCUCAAUAAAAGAUCAAGGUGCCUUCUGGUGCAUGGGACAUCACCAUUUCAACAAGAGAAAACUUCAGAGGCUUCAUCAUUAGGAAUCUUUCAUUUAAAAAGUGUUCCUCCCACUAUACAAGUGAAACCAGCUUUAAUACAGAGAAAUCAAAACAAAGAAAAAUACAGAAAAGCGGGGAACAAUUUUUUUUAAAAUUUUCCAUUUUUUCGACUUAGCAAAAUGAUACAAUAAAGGAACAUGGGAUCCUUUAUUAUUGUUACCAUAGUUUUUAAUAUUAUUUUCAUAAAGCUAACCAUGUUUAUUUAGCCAUUUUCUUAGCUUUUGCCAUCAUGGUUCUUUGAAAAUUUUCUUUGUAAUUGCUGCAAUGAUUUUGGAGAUCACAGAUGCAUGCUACUUGCUCAAGUCUAUUCUUGGAAGUCGUAUUACCAAAUUAAAGGUUCUCAACAUUUCUCGGGGUACUGCAAUUUUUACAUUGCAUAUGAUAAUUGUUAUUACUGAGAUCUACAUUCCUUUCAUCAAUUCACAAAUACACAAUCACAGACAUCUUGAGAUCAUACGUCCAGCCGCGUUCAUUUCACAAAAUCAGAAGUUAAGCCUAAAGAUCUGAACCGAGAAGCCGGACCUCCGGUCUACUUCUCCCUCCUGGAUCCACCCCGACUUAUUAAGCAGUUAGGCCGACCCUUCCAUACUCAUUCAAGGCAGUGCAGAGCUUUUGCUCCCCUGCCCAGAGGCAUCUACACUGGUCCCAGCCUCUCGUCCAACUCCCGUAGGACGCCAAGCAAUACGGAGUUCGAGAAGCUCAGAAAUCUUCUGAGCCCCACCAGUCCACACUAGGUUGCAAGCCCGCAGCACCUACGCCACAGGGUCAAACCGGAAACCAGAAAAGGUGAAGGCACCGGACGCCCGUCGCCCCGGCCCGGCCACCAGCGACACUAUCCUUCACUGGCGCGCAAUGCCGGCCUUUCAGCCCCGACUCAUCGAGCGAGGAUGCCGCGCUGAGAGGCUUCUUAGGCUCAGGCCCUGCAAAGUCCAGGAGCCGGCUGUAGGUGUCCUUGGCGAAUGCCAGACCGCGCGCACCGUCCCAGCAAGUCCCGGGCGAGUGUGGGACAGGCAGCAAAUCAGUGCCCCCCUGGCCAGGCAGAACGAAUCGAACGUGGAAGUAGGGAGCAGGCGGAGGCCGGCGCGGAGCUGUAGCUAAGCAAGCCGGGUCUGGCUUUGGGCCCUGGGCCUUCCAGCCGCGGACUCUGCGCCUGCGCCCGCCUGGCCGCCGCCCGCUCUCCCGGCGCGGCAGCUGUCUGGGCUGCUGCGCGCCGCCUAGGUGUCUGGACGAUCCAUGGGCAAGAGCAAGGGGCCACGAUGACAGAUUACGGCGAGGAGCAGCGCAACGAGCUGGAGGCUUUGGAGUCCAUCUACCCUGACUCCUUCACAGUAUUAUCAGAAAAUCCACCCAGCUUCACCAUUACUGUGACGUCUGAGGCUGGAGAAAAUGAUGAAACUGUCCAGACUACCCUCAAGUUUACAUACAGUGAAAAAUACCCAGAUGAAGCUCCCCUUUAUGAAAUAUUCUCCCAGGAAAAUCUAGAAGAUAAUGAUGUCUCAGACAUUUUAAAAUUACUAGCAUUACAGGCUGAAGAAAAUCUUGGUAUGGUGAUGAUUUUUACUCUAGUGACAGCUGUGCAAGAAAAAUUAAAUGAAAUAGUAGAUCAGAUAAAAACUAGAAGAGAAGAAGAAAAGAAACAAAAAGAAAAAGAAGCAGAAGAAGCUGAAAAGCAAUUAUUCCAUGGUACUCCAGUUACAAUUGAGAAUUUCUUAAAUUGGAAAGCCAAGUUUGAUGCAGAACUCUUGGAAAUUAAAAAGAAAAGGAUGAAAGAAGAAGAACAAGCAGGAAAAAAUAAAUUAAGUGGGAAACAACUAUUUGAAACAGAUCAUAAUCUUGACACAUCUGAUAUCCAGUUCUUGGAGGAUGCUGGAAACAACGUGGAGGUAGAUGAGUCUUUGUUCCAAGAAAUGGAUGACUUGGAGCUGGAGGAUGAUGAAGAUGAUCCAGACUAUAAUCCUGCUGACCCAGAGAGUGACUCAGCUGACUAAUGGACUGUCCCCAUCUGCAGAGAGGCUUGACUGCCACAGCAUCUGUGGCUAUGCUCAGAGGGUUUUGAUUUUCCUUUCUUUUUUUCUAAGAAAAAAUUAUUUUCAGGAGAAUAUUCUUCUGAUAGCUUUCAUCAUUGAACUUAAUAAACUGACCUUAAAAUUUCAAAUAUAAAA